CCCCCUUUGUGUUUCCCGCACCGUCAAUCAAAAUAGAAAAAAAAAUCGACCCGAAUUCAGCGAUCAACACUUAGCCCGCCUAUGAUAAAAUAAUCAUGUUCGGAGUUCUACUGAACACAUAAGCCCUAAAUUCACGCUAUGAGCGACCCGUAAACACUUCGUUGAGUGAAACGGUGAGUUUCUACAGUCUACGGCGACGAGAGCGGGCGUCUUUUUGCCUCUCUUUUUUUGUGUGUUGUGGCUCGGAGGCUAACUAGCUGGAUAUGGUUAGCCACCAACAGAGCUAGCCGGCUAGGCUAGCUAGCCGCGGAGUUGGACAAAGUAAACAGUCGCAGAAUCUCCGCUGCGAAAGUUGACUUUCGCGGUCGUCAUCUUUUUUUUUUUUUUUUUUCUUCUGGCCCGCACAGAGUGGGGGAUGCGUUUCUGGAGGAGAGGAGUCGAAGAUUACAGAGUUUUUUGCCGCCGCUCGCCUCUCUCUCUCUCCUCUGCUAGCGCCGCUUGAAACAAGGAGAAAUGGCGUCCGCGGACGUGGACAGCAGUCAAAGCGAGUUCCUGCAAUCCGCGACGGAAACGCAGACGACAGAUAUGUCCGCCAUUCAGUUGUCAGGUUCAGACCGCUGGGAGGUGUUGACGCCUGUCUCAGCUGGCAAGGAAGACCCAAACGCGGGGAUCAUCACGUCCAAUGGUCAAUAUGUGCUACCCAUCGGGAGUCUUUCCAGCCAGCCUAUCUAUGUCACGGCGCCGGGGAGCGAGGCCACCGCCAAUGGCGUGUCGGGGAUUCAGUAUCAGGUCAUCCCACAAAUCCAGAAUGUCGACGGGACCCUGGCGGGAUUUUCCACGCAAGCUUUGGAUGACGGCACGGGUCAGAUCCAGCUCCUCCAAGAUGGCAGCCAUGCCGGCAUCGGUCUCUGCUGCGCCACAACGGCAACCACGGAUCUCCUGACGCAGGCGGGCCAGGUGCAGUCCAUCCAGGGCGUCAACCUGGCAGGGAACUCGGCGUACACGGGCCUCCCGGGCAACAUCACCUUUGUGCCCAUCAACAGCGUGGACCUGGAGUCACUCGGUCUGACGGCUGCGCAGACAGUCCCCAUAGCAACGGCAGUGACGCCGGAGGGUCAGCUGAUCAUGAGCGGGCAGGCGCUCGAGGGUCAGGACGGCGGUGGCGCUAAGCAGUCACUUGUGGCGAUCGGGGGCGACGGCAACCACCAGCUCUACGUGCCAACAUCCACCAACAACUCCUCGAACGCCUCGCAGCUUCCCGAGACCAUUGAUGGGACGGGGGUGCUGACGCAAGCCACCGCCGUGUCCGUGGGUGUGUCGGACCCCUCCUCGGAGAACUUCAACUCACACCACCACCUGCAGCAAAUACAGGUGUCGACCUCCAACGCCAUCUCACAGCCCAUCCUGCAGCUGUCAGGUGACACUCAAGGCCAGGACCUGAGUGGGACGGGAGCAGCAGGAGGUCAGACUUUGCAGAGCGUCCAGCUGGUCAACCCAGGAACUUUCCUUAUCCAGGCCCAGACCGUCUCCGCCACCGGUCAGAUCCAGUGGCAGACCUUCCAGGUUCAAGGUGUUCAGUCGCUACAGGGGCUCCAGCUGCCUCAGGGUCAGGGCCAGCAGCUAACCUUAGCCCCGGUCCAGACUCUUCCUCUGGGCCAAACGGGUCAAGUCAGCCUGCCUAACCUGCAGACGGUCACGGUGAACUCGCUGACUCAAGCUGGGGUCCAGUUCGCUCAUGGUGACGGCACUAACAGUCCAGCUGGGAUCCAAAUCAAGGAGGAGCCCGACUCCGAGGAGUGGUGUCUGAGUGGCGAAUCCACCCUCAACUCAAGCGACCUCAACAACCUGAGGGUCCACCUGGUGGACGACGACAUGGACGCCGCUAGCGGAGAGGGCAAGAGGCUGCGCCGGGUGGCGUGUACAUGUCCCAACUGUAAGGAGUCCGGUGGAAGAGGAUCCGGCGUGGGCAAGAAGAAGCUUCACAUUUGUCACAUCGUCGGCUGCGGGAAAGUUUACGGCAAGACGUCGCACCUCCGAGCUCACCUGCGCUGGCACAGCGGCGAGCGACCGUUUGUCUGCAACUGGAUGUACUGCGGGAAGAGGUUCACUCGCAGCGACGAGCUGCAGAGACACCGCAGGACGCACACAGGCGAGAAGAAGUUUGUGUGCACGGAAUGUUCCAAGAGGUUCAUGCGCAGCGACCACCUGGCCAAACACAUAAAGACUCACCAGAACAAAAAGGGCGUCGGCCCUUCCUCCACGUCGUCGCCCACCACAGACACUCUCAUCACCGCCGACGGCACGCUCAUCUUGCAGAGGGCCACCACCCACGACCUCAUGGCCAAUCAGGAGAUCCCGCUGCAGCUGGUCACCGUGGCACCCGGCGAGGUGUUGGAGUGAAGGAAACACCACAAGGGACCUCUUUUGGUGGGCUCCCCCCCCAUCCCCUCCCCCCGUCCUCUCUUAUCUUUUUCUAUAUGAAUAUAUACGUAAAUAUAUAUGACAAAUAUAUAUAUUUUAACUGAGAGUUAUCAUGAUUUUGUUUUUGCAGUCUUUUAUAAGCUGGCGAAAACAUAGAAAAUGUACACACAAACACGUUGAAAUGCCUUAUUUUGUAUCAUAGUUGUGUAAAAAUGCUGGAGGUGCAUGUGUGUUUAAAAAAAAUUCCACCCAUGUUUGAGAACGUGCGCUGUGCGUGUGAAGCGUUGUCACCCAUCCUCUCUUUUCUACCGCUUCUUUUAAUCUGCACUAAAAAAAACAAACAAAAGGUGAAUUUAGAGGCACAAACAUCACUUUUCCUGUAAGAGAGCAUUACUUCCUGGUGAGUGGUUGCCCAGGAAACGGCCCCAGGUGCUUUGCUAAUGCCGGCCCACCUAUCAGACAGCAGCAAGAGGCGGGACUAAAUAGGAAUAGCAAAUCAGAGCCCAAAUUUCUUCCAGCGUCCGCUCAGUCGGGACAGAAUAUUUUUAUCCUCUUGCUUUCUUUACUUUAAAUUCAUUUUUGUAUUUCUUGGCUGACCCGGUGGGGCGGGUGGGCUUUUUCUUUCUUUCUUUCUCCCAAGGACAAAAAAAAAACAACAACUAACAUUUGGGAAACAUUCCAGUCAAGACGGUGCGAGAUUGCUCUGUGCAACACCUCUCCUGCCCACGUGUGCUUCAAGUCCAAAAGUAAAACAAUCGUGUUUUUUCUCCUCCAUGUUAAUCAUUCUGUUUGUAGCAUUCAUUUUACUUGUAUA